UCCUGUUUAUGUUGAGAGACGCAACUAGUACUUAAAGAGACUCCGAUAUUUCGUUUCGUCAUCUCAAAUGACGGGUCAUGUGACAUCGACAUACCUCUUCCUUUUCCCCUUAUUUUCUCAAGCAACUCAGAUUUUUCCACGCUGCACACUGAGAAGGUGACGUAAAAUGCUGCCUUUGGUUAUAAUUAUUGGCCUGUUGGCUUUUGUUUCCACCAAACCAUGUGAUACUGAUGGAUCCAACCAAGAGCUGCUCCUGUCACUCAACAAGAAUCUCCUUCGCUCCCUGGCAACACAGGAAGGACUUCCCAAUCCCAGUGUCCACUUGGCACUUCGCCUUUCCAGUCACCACAAUCUUGCUAAGGAGCGAGAUAACCUUAAUAGACUGAAAAAUGAAUUGCACAAUAGCAUUCAAAGCUCACUCACAAACAGCCAGCCUGUGACUGGCAUCAUGGCUCUGUACAGUCUGGCCUUAAAGUCGUCCUGCUAUGACCUCAACACCAUCACCUUCACUGUAGGCGACAAGAGUGAGAUGCUGCUGACUAACCUAAAGAAGCAGAUGGAACAGGAGAAAGAACAUAUUGCCUUCAGCCACCGCCCUUUGACCAACUAUUACCAGUACAGCCUGGGUGUGCUCGCUCUUUGCGUGAGCGGCAUCAGGGUCAACAACCAUGUCAGCCACAAGCUCAUCAAAGCUGCUGAACACAAUAAUUUCAAACAUGGAGAAGAAGAGAGCGUUGACACUCAAGCCAUGGCUGGAAUGGCCCUCCAGUGUGUGAAGGACUCUGGAUUUUAUUCACACAACCCAGCUGAGCUUGACACAUCUCUUGAGAAGAUCAAGCAGAAGCUUCUGGAGUCCCAGAGAACUGAUGGUCACAUUGGCAAUGAGUUCAGUACAGGCCUUGCAGUUCAAGCCUUAUUGGCAAUGGGCACCAACGUUGAAGAGUGUGCUGCUUCAAUGGAGGCUAUGAGGACAGCUGCUAGAAGCAACACAUACCACAACCCGAUGGCCAUUUCUCAGACACUUCCUGCUCUCCAGAAAAAGUCCUAUCUAAAUGUGAAAAGCAAGGAGUGCCUCAAUGAGGAUGACUCUCUGGUGCUGGAGAUCCCUGGUCCUACUGUGGCCCCAAGCAAGACAGAAGUUAGGGUGAUGGUGGAGGUGGUGACGUCCAGUGGAGCCACAGCUGCUUACUCUGUGGAAGUGCCAAAGGGCAGCUCGUUGUUGGACGCCCUUAACCUGCUUUCAAUGAAAAAUGUUGGCUUUACGUUUGAGCAGGAAUCCAGUCUGUGGGGACCUUUCUUAAGUGCGGUAAACGGAGAGCAGGCCAGGCAAAGCGAUCGCAGAUACUGGCACCUUUCAUCUGAUGGCAUUGCACUAACUGAGGGUGUCAGCGAUUUCAAGAUUGACAAGGUCCAGAAGAUCACCAUCCAAAACACAAGCUACUGAAGAUACAACAAAGAUUGCAAUUUAGCUCAGAAUUGUUUUGAUGCUUUGUUUUAUUACAGAUUUGCACCCAAAUUUUCUAAUUCCAUCAUGUAUGAGAUGCUUUACAGAAUGUUUGCAUGAAAAAUGGACAGAAUACUUCAAUAAACCUUUAAUUUAGUA